AUGAGUAUAUCUCGACAACUGCUGCUGCAGCAGCUGGCGGCGGUUCUGGAGAGUGACCCCGAAACACUCAACAUUGACGCCGGCUUUAUAAAGAACGGAGGCAACUCCCUCAAUGCUGUGGAGUUAGUGUCACGCUGCAGGAAAUUCGGAAUACCGUUGUCUGUGGCCCAGGUCCUCACAUGUACCAAUUUGAACUGCCUACUUGGAAACUCUCCAUCAGCAACGAGCCCCAACCAUGAUCACCACACAACCCGAUCAUUGAUUGACGACAGCGAUGACGAUUCACUGCCACAUACGCCUUCGAGUGGAGGCUCUCCACGAGCCUCCACACCUAUACCUGGUGAGGAUAUGUCGACGGCGAAAUAUGAAAAGGAUAAUACGAUGAAUAUCCCUGAAACAAUUCGUGGAAGUGUCCUCGACGAACACGCUACCGAGAACCUCAGUGAAAUGCAAGCGUCCCUUCUCCACGGCUCCCUCAAGAACCCAGGGACCAACAUUAUCUAUCACUAUGAAACGUUCCUGACAAGCGUGAUCCCGAAAAUGAGAGAGGCGUGGAAAUCCGUGAUCGAAGCCGAACCGAUUUUCCGAACAUCCCUCAUGUGCCAGCCUACUCCAGGGGAAGACCAGUUCGUUUGGACUGAAGUCACUGUCGACACUGAGAUGGAGUAUCAGAGACAACUACAAGCCGUUCACCUUCAACCAUCCGCAUCCUACUCUUUCAAAGUAGUCCAUUGGCCUGGACAAAACCUUUCAACAAGCCGAAGCACAAUUAUUUGGGCUGUCCACCAUGCUUUCAUUGAUGGGUAUUCCGCAAUGAUUUUGUUUUGCAAAGUUCGCCGUGCCGUCGCAGGGCUUCCUGUUCCCUCCGGCCCUGGGCCAUCAUUCACAAAAGUCGACAAACACAUUCGUUUGUGGCGCCAACAACACAAGGACGAAGGAGAUAAGUACUGGAAGGCCCAGGCACCUCAACUUGAACAAGCCCAAGGGGACCUGUUGCUCCCUGCCCAACCAAACCAGGGAGACAUGCCUUGUACUAUCACACAGAGCGAGGAAAUACACGUUGCGAGCAGCAUCACAAAAUCGCAAUUGCAGUCAGUAGUCAGGGAGUUGGGGAUAACUCCUGCUGCCUUCUACUAUGCAGCAUGGUCUUUAGUCCUCAGUGAUUACGCUGACUCGGACAACGUCGUUUUCGGUGCAGUCCUGGCUGGAAGGAAUCUCCCACUAGAGGGAAUCGAUGAGGUAGUGGGCCCGCUAGUCAACACUUUGCCCCUAUGUGUCAGUCUUGAUCGAAAAGCAUUCGUCAAAGAUUUUCUUCAAACUGUGUUUUCCAAGAUUAUGGAACUCGCGGAGUACCAAUGGACCACACCUGACAAUGGCUAUACUAGAAGCUUCACAUCGGCGAUGGCUCUGCAAGUGCCGGAGCCCGAAUGCCCAAAAGGAAUAUUGCCCAUAGAGGCCCCAUAUACACGGCAAACCACAGAUGUGCCACUUAGUAUUAACGUUCAGCCAGAUGGAGGUGCGCGGUUUGUCUACCACACGAAUCACUAUAGUCGACAAGAUGUGACACGGAUUGGGCACCAUUAUCAGCGCGCGAUGCAGCUUCUUCUGCGACCACACCAGCCAGUAAAGGAAUGUCUGCAGGGGAUUCUCGGGUGUGCAGAUCUCGAGACAUUAAUGACCUUCGGCAACUGUCAUUCGACACUCACAACAGCAAUGGCCGUCCAGGAGGACUUAGUAACGCUGUUUGAAUCGGCGGCCUCAAAGGACUCAGCUGCAGUUGCAAUUCGAAAAGGUGGUUCUGAAGUGACAUAUCAAGAGCUCGAUACAUACGCCAGCCGUAUCGCGACCACACUAAAAAGUUAUAUCGGUCAAGGUGAUGUCGUUUGUCUCCACGCGGACCGAUCCAUCAACUGGAUUGUUGGUAUGAUGGGUGUCCUGAAAGCAGGUGCUGUCUACUGUGCAGUGGACGGUGGGCUUCCCCAAGAGGCGCGGGAUAUCAUCUUCUCAGCGUCAGGAGCGAGGAUGUUUUUGGUCCCUUCCCAGGCCGACCAAAAGUUCCGCCCAGCAUCUUGCGAACAUUUGCUUGUCUCUGAGCAGUUGAUGAACGCCGACGAACUGCCACUAGCCUAUCGUGAUUCACCCCGGCCAGAAGCCAAUGCUUAUCUCUGCUUCACCUCUGGUUCCACGGGGAAGCCCAAGGGAGUUAUGUGCAGCCACGAAGGGCUUGUCGCAUUCCAGCGGGAUUUGGAAGUACGGUUGUUUGCACAGCCAGGCCAUCGCGUUGCUCAGAUCAUGUCAGUGGCUUUUGACGGCAGCAUCCACGAAAUAUUUUCUGCACUCAGCUAUGGAGCUACCCUUGUCCUGCAGAGUGGUGGGGAUCCGUUUGCGCAUCUGAGCGAGGUAGACUCGGCCAUUCUGACGCCGUCAAUGGCGCGUGUUCUGGAUCCCAAGGACUAUGACCAGUUGAGUUCUGUUUACCUUGUAGGAGAACCCGUACCCCAGGCAGUGUGCGAUCGUUGGUCACAGGAGAAAGCGCUGUACAACAUGUACGGGCCAACUGAAGGCACCUGCGGCGCUACGAUCAAGCGCUUAUACCCUCAUAAGGCGGUUACUAUUGGGCCCCCUAAUCCAUCGACGCGAUUGUACAUUAUGAACCGACACCAUGAGCUGGUUCCACCUGGUGUUAUCGGUGAGAUUUAUAUCGCCGGAGUCCAAGUUGCGCGUCAUUAUAUUGGAAUGCCUAAGGAGACUGCCGAACGCUUUAUUGCUGAUCCCAUCCGACGCAUCGGAGAACGCAUGUAUAAGACCGGCGAUAGGGGGUAUUGGUCUAGUACUGGGGAGGUAGUUUGCCUCGGGCGAACAGAUCGCCAGAUCAAGCUCCGUGGAUUUCGCCUUGAUCUUGAUGACCUGGAAGCUCGCAUGGUACGCGCUGUCGCUGAUGUAACUGCUGUUGCGGUUGCUAGGCAAGGGAAUAAUCUUGUCGCUGCCAUUCUCCCUGCCACCGCCGAUGUGGACGCCUUCGCAGCGCGGGUAGCGCAGGUACUGCCCCCAUAUGCGACGCCCCGUAAGAUUUUCGCCUUAAGCGAGUUCCCAACCACCAAGGCCGGCAAGCGAGACUAUCUGGCCCUGGCACGCAUGAGUCUCCAAGCACCUACAGCGACCGGCCGGCCACUACGAGGUCACUUGGAAAAAUUGGUCGGUGAAGCGUUUCGUGACGUGCUCCGGCUUAGGCCUGACGUCUCGCUAAACACGCAUUCAAGUUUCCACGAACUAGGCGGCCAUUCGCUUUUGCAACUACAGCUCACGAUUCGCAUAAGCCAAGCUGUAGGCCAGCAAAUUCCACUGCGACUAAUAGUGCAACAUGAUCGCAUUGAGCAUCUCGCAGCAGCCAUUGAGAAUAAUGGACCGGGGCUGCCACGCCUCCUCGCCCGCAACGAGAUGGUCCUUGGGGAAUCGAACCUCUCCCCGAUGGAGCUAGAGUGGUGGCACAAGUGUCAAGUGAACGAGAGCACAUCAAGUUUCAACGUUAACUUCAUAGCUAUGCUAGAUGACCAGCUAGUGGACCGAGCUCGACUAGCAGAUGCUUGCAAUGAUGUGAUGGCCCGUCACAGGAUCUUGCGCUCGCGUUAUAUAUUCUCCCGCUCAUCAGGAAGAGUAAUGCGACAGUAUAGCCCGCUGGCACCACGAGUCCGGCUGGUCAAGAGCAUCAUAAACCCCUGGAUAGAGAUCAAUCGACCGUUUGCGCUCGCAAGGUCUGCCCCAAUUCGCGCCGUGAUAUCCAGGUCCCAAUUCAUCCUCACGAUUAGCCACAUCGUUGCGGAUUUGACGACCCUGCAGGUUCUUCUUCGCGAAAUAUCUCAACGAUAUCACGAAAAAUGCCUACCUCCGGUCCCACAGACUUAUAUGAACACCACUACUUGGGGUGUUAAGCCUACCCCUUGUGAUCUAGCCUUCUGGUCAGAUACACUGGAUCAGCUACCACCUACAGCACAUCUUCUGGGACACGAGGGGCAUCGUCGCGGUUAUCGCGGGAAGUCGGCCUUAUGUGAGGUACCUUCCACCACCUAUGCAGCGAUGAAGAGUUUUCUGAGCCAGUCAUCCAUCACCGGUCAGCAGUUGGCGAUUGCUGCAGUGGCGCUCUGUCUGGAUAACCCUUCAGUCAUGUCCGACACGGAGGACACAACUGACAUCGUCUUGGGUAUUCCGUAUAUCAAUCGAAAGUCGCACGAAGAACUGGAAGUGGUGGGUCUCUUCCUCGAGCCGUUGCCCAUCCGUAUCAGAUUCGGAAAUGAUAGGAAUGCCAUCGAACCCGAUGCUUAUCUCAGGACCGUGCAGGAGUCAGUGCAAUCAUCGGUGGGCCAUUCCAUACACUGGGACCAGCUGUUAGAGCACCUGCAGGUGCGAACAUCCGCGCCGGACCAUCCUCUAUUCGAGACUGUGGUCACCUUCCAUAGCCAUAAUCAUUCAAACGGACUCGAGAUAUCGGCGCCUGGGUUUGAGACAUGCUACACGUUCACGGACGGUGCCAAAUUCCGGCUGCUCUGCGAAUUCAGUGCGGUGUCGGAGGAUAAGUUGGUGCUUCGAAUGGAGUAUGAUACCGACUGCUUUUCAGCCGAUGACAUACAGCUGCUGCAGACACGCAUCCCACUGGCACUCGCCCUUUUAGUGCAGGGAGCCCCCUAUAUGGCCAUCCGGCAGAGAAUGGCCAGCUUGCACGAUACUCCUCCCGUCAAGGUGCUGCAGCCUGACACUGUAUUUGGAGCUCCCCUCUCCGCGAUCUAG